AGGUGAUGGUGAUACAAGAGAAGAAGAUGAUGAAGACGUCGUCGUCGACGACGACGACGACGCGGAAGAGGAAGAGGACGCGACGGCGAGGCUGAGAAGCGCGAUGGCGACGCGCGCGGCGAGAGAACGCGCCAAACGCUCGCGUCUUCGGCUCUCCGCGACGGAAGCGGACGCGGAGUCCGACGCGCUCGCGCGCGCGAUGACGCGCGCGCCGUCGUUCCCGCUGCACGACGCGCGAACGCGUCUCCCCGCGCACGGCGUCCGGGACGAGAUCGUGCGACUGAUGGAUAACGCGUCGGCGGCGGCGAUCAUCACCGGCGAAACCGGCAGCGGAAAGACGACGCAAGCGCCGCAGUACGCGCUCGAGCGCGAGAUCGCGCGCGGCGCCGGCGGUCGCUGCAACAUCAUCGUCGCGCAGCCGCGCCGCGUCGCCGCGGUGUCCAUCGCGUCCAGAGUCGCGGAAGAGCGCGACGAGCGCGUCGGCGACGUCGUCGGCUACGCCGUGCGCGGGGACAGUAAGACGAGCCGGCGCACGAGGCUCACCUUUGUGACCACCGGCGUCUUGCUGCGGCGGUUGGCUUCCGACCCGACGUUGGAGGGCGUCACGCACGUGUUCGUGGACGAGGUGCACGAGCGCACCGCGGACGCGGACUUUCUGCUGAUUCACCUGCGCGAUAUCUUGCGCGCGAACGCGCGUGACGUGGACGCGUCGCAGCGCGACACGUGGCGUCCGCCGUUGCGGGUCGCGCUGAUGAGCGCCACGGCGGAUUGGGAGAAACUCGCCGCGUAUUUCGACGGCGCGUCGAUCGACUCCGCGCCGCCGCCCGGGAGGGUGCACAUCCCGGGCCGGACGUUCCCGGUCGAGGAGCACUUCGCGGAGGAGUUCGUGAAGCGCGGCGGCGGACGACGCGCGGUGACCGGUGGUCCGACAUCGUCGUUCGACAAUGUCAGAGGUCCCCGCGGCGGUCCCCGUCCUCCCCCCGGGGUCGAUUACGACCUCCUCCUCGCCGUCGUGCGCACGAUCUGCACGAUCUGCGCGAAGGGAGAAACGGAGCCGCCGCCGUGCGAGGGCGCGAUCUUGGUCUUCCUCCCCGGCGCCGCGGAGAUCGCGGAGGCGGAGAAAGCGCUGCUUAAACGCCUCGGCGGCGACCACGAAAUGUACGUCGUCCCUCUCCACGGCCAGCUCACGCCGAAAGAGCAGCAGAGAGCGUUCGCGAAGCCUCCCGAUCGCGACGCGCGGAAGAUCGUGCUCGCGACGAACGUCGCGGAGACGUCGCUGACGAUCCCGGACGUCGUCUACGUCGUCGACA